UCUUUCCUAACACUGCACUCGCUAGUUUUCGGAACUGUACUCUGCUGAAACCUGCUACUUACCAACAACAAGAUCAUGGGACGAUUAUCUUUUAUCUAGAAGCUGUCUCUGAAUACUUGGUAAAAAAAAAAAAUAACCUCCUAUUCCACUGCCGCAUAUACCAGUUUAUUUUGCAAUGUUUUAUAGCCAGUUGCCUUUAGCUAGAUGCCUAACCCUUUAAAGCUAAAUCCAAGACUCGUCAAGUCUUUGAAAAUACUCUACAGACACCUCGACUAACCAAGAUAUUAUAGGGUAGGUAGCCUACAUGCUUCAACCGAGGGAAGCUGGCAUGAGGCGUGAUUUAGGUUUAGGACGAGCCGCAGUUGCGCUAUAUGUGCUGAAGUUGGUCGCUGCCAUGGAAGUGAUCCUGCAUCAUGAUAUCAUCGUGAAUGAAAUUGUGCAACAAGGGUCCAACCAGACCGGUCUGACACAGCUACAGCUGACUCUCUCCACUGUCCAGCUCUGCACUGCCCCCUGCAGGUCGGCACCAUGCCAGGCUUGCACCACUUGCGUGCGCACGCGGGUUCGAGGAAGGGCCACAGGCUUCCUCAAAAGGUUUACCAUUGAAUACCUUGAAGUAGCAACUAAUACAAAUAAGAGGAUCACUGUUAAAACACGUAACUCUAUCCCAGACGCUGUAAAGUGGUAUGGAAAAUGGUGCAAUAUAACCAGGAAAUAUUUUCCCCAUCAGGACAGUACCCAGAACCUUACCACGAUGACAGCGUGGGAGCUCACACACGACUGUUUUGAAGCUCGCCCAGGAAGUGCAGUAUUGGUGACUAUGACAGCAUACUACAAAGGCUCGAAGGAUCAAAAAUCUGUGUACUCAUACACAGCAGAGGACAUUAGAACAGUACCGAAGUUCACCGUAUCUGUGGAUGAGCCAUCCCGAUCCCUGACGGUCUCUGUGGCAGCAGAGUCCAGUGUGCGUACGAGGCUGUGCUAUAGACAAUCUGGCCAGUGUACACAGCUCCCUUCACCUGUAGAUGUCAUAAUUAAUACCACUUAUGCUCUGAGCACCACCCUUAGCUUCCCCUACCUGCUGCCCUGUCUCUGUGUGCAGGUAUAUUUCUUGUAUACUGAUGCAGAGCGAGUCACGUAUUGUCCCUUUGAGAAUAAGCCAGUUGAUGCAGGUGGCAGGGAUGUAUUGCUCUCCAGUUCUGUGAAACUGUAUAAAGACUUGGUCUUUAAACCUGUGUGUACCGAUGCCUCCCUGAGACCCUCUGCCUCCCUCUGCUGGCAAGUCCAGAGAAAUUCAUCCCGCUGCCUUCCCAUUGCCAAUUCCACAUUGCAGGGGAAGGGCUGGAAUUAUGAUGUUUCCAAUGUGGAUCAACACCCCCAAAUUUGUGUGCAGUUCGCUCUCUAUGGCAGCUACACUGUGCAGUGCCCCUUCCAGUCAGUUGUAUCAGAAUGGCAGGCUGUGGUACUCCCAGCGGUCCAGCAUUUGCGUGUGUGUCUGAGCUCGGGGACCCCAGCAACCUUUUCUGCACAGCUCUGUGUUCUUGAGGGGGAGUCGUAUGUGGAUAGGGGGGAUGUCUACUCUGUCAAGAUGGAGAAUGGCACCACUAAGGCUGAGCUAAGUGUCCCUUUCACCCCUCUGCCUGCAGGGAUGUGUGUGCAGGUGUGGAGGUCAGACCCUCAUCUCCAUGGAAGGAGACUGCUAUGUCCUGAACAUUCACACAGAAGAUUGGGCCUGAUUGUCACGGCAGCAACAAUUAUUACAGUGUUCAUGUUGAUGCUGGCAUAUGUCACAUACCAUCGCAUUAAAAGGGGACUCUCAGACUGGCAGCUCAGUCAGAAGCCGGUACUUGUGGUGUGCUCUUCAGAGCAGACACCCCAGGUAUCCGCUGUGUGCGCCUUGGCCUCCGUCCUGCAGGGGGAGCUGUGUGCAGGGGUGCGGAUGGCUCUCUGGGCCAAGAACACAGGCGGAGUGGCGAAGCUGGGGCCACUCCCCUGGAUCUAUGGGCAGUGUGAGGCUGUCAGAGGUGCAGGUGGCAGAGUGCUGAUCGCCUGGAGCCCUGAGGCCAAGGAAGCCUACCAGAGCUGGAAAAAAGAGAGAGAAGAAGAGGAGGGAUCAGAGGGAGAGAAACCACCUAGAGAAAGCAGAGGGGUGGACAACAAGGAUGGUGAGGACAGGAUGUGGUGGGAAACACCCAACCUGUGUGGAGGAAAAAACAGUAGCCAAGCAGGGAUGCUCGGACAGAGGGAGCCCAGCUCAGUGACUGCCCCCAUCCUGAGGGCAGCUCUGGCCUGCUUGCAGGGGGAGCUGCAGGGUGGCAGGGAGGGACACGGAUUUGCGCUGGUGUAUUUCGAUGGGCUGUCUCACAGCCAGGACAUCCCGCAAGAGCUGAGGCGGGUACCACAGUACUGCCUGCCGCAGGACUUUGGGGGGCUGGUGCAGGAGUUGCAAGGAGGGGCAGGAGAAGCGGGGAGGGGAAGAGGGUGCCCCUGCUGCGCUGGAUUGCUCUCCAAAAUCCUGGCCCUACGACUAGCACAAAAACUGAGGACGUGGCUGCCACAGACACUGCCACAGGAAGAGGGGGCAGAGGGGAUAGCAGUGAAGCCACAAAAUAGCAAGAAGCCACACAGCCUAGCAGGACUCCCGUUGCCAUUAUUAUUUAGCAAAAGGACAGAGCAAAGUUCCGAAUGGGAGAACACAAGACUUACACUGUCUGUACAGAAAUGAAGGAGCCGACUUCGAUUUCACCUUGUCAUUGUUGACAGAGUUGUGUCGCCAUGGAAACAUGAGAUGGCACUGUCCUGGGCUGUGAAUGCUGCACCUUAAUUCAAUCGAGCCAGAGGUGAAUUACCACAGAACCCAAUUGUGAAGCAGAAACAGAAAAUGCUGCUCUGGGCUGAUGGUCUAUCACUCGACCGUAAACAGCCUGGUGUGGUAAGAAAGCAGUUUUCAGCUACAGGCACUGGUGAUGCAUGUGCACACUUGAUCUAAAUGUGCCUUGUAUCUGGGGCUCAUCAAUGAACCCAAACCAAUUUCAUCAUCCUAAGAUGACUGACAACAUUGACAUCAUAUACUGACUGCUGUUAAUGCUGUUUAUCAUGGAAAUUCACAUCACUUUCAGAGCAAGAAUGUGCCUCCUACCUAAAAAUGAAAGUGCUGAUUUGCCUUGUAUUUCCAUGUUAUUGCUUGGGGGCCAUGGAAGAGAGGAAGAGCCCGUGAUGAAUCAUAAAUGAUUUACCGUAAGUGACAUUUAGAAAGACUCCCUGGAAAGGUGCGCUGGAGACCGGUUUGACUGGCAGCGUAAGGGCAGGGUGUUAAAGUACUCUUGGCAAGAGAAGCUCACCAAAUACUAUGAAUUCUGUUUGGAAAAACCUUGAAGAAGUUUGAAAAAGAAGCUUCUGUGCUGAGUGCCAAACAGACAAUGGUCAACCAAUUUCAUAAAAAAAAAAAAAAAAAACAUUCAGUAUGUUUCCUCAUCUCCUAUUCACACUGAACACCAUGGAGUUAUGAAACAUAUCACACACAAUUGUUUUCCUGUUCUUUUGUCUAGAGGUAAACAUGUGCAACAGAAUGAAGUGAAAGGGCAUGCUUAUUGUCUUCUUGAUAGUAGCAGCAUAAUUACAUUCUUUGCAUAGUUUGUACAGUGUGUCAGACUGAACAUGUGCUUCAGAUCCUGUCCCAGUUACCUAAGAGGUACACUGCCAACAUAUGGCAUCUGCAUUCAGUCAUGUAAUGUGCUUUAAUGUAGGCUGCUUAAAGGCACAGAAAUCAAAAGAAGCCUCGACCUUGCUUGCACGUAGCUUCCAUUUUCAUAACACACAGCCUCCCUACAACAGAGGAACCAGGAGAUGAAGGAAAAUUUACUAGUAGAUCAUUAUCUCAGUGGAUAAGAGGAGUGUACUGAAUGAAGAGGUAUAUAUUCAAGACAAAAGAGAUGCACAUGAUUUAGCAAGGGCUACAUAAGAGCCAGGGAUGUGAAGGCAAAGGUUGCCCAGAUCUAUGUUUUUCAUAUGACCUCAAGAUUCCUUUUCUUGACUGGCUGCCUGAAGCGUACUCACCCAUUCACAAACAUUUCAAGAUUAAAUGAUGAUUUAUUCUGUAUUCUGUCUGAGGGCAGCUGGUCACCUUUGAAUCCUGGAGUUUCAAGAUCACUUUUAAUAUUGUUUUAGGCUGUUUAAAAAAGCUAUUUUAGUUUUUGCAUAAGAACUCACACUGCCACAGUACACACGGUAAUAUGAAUAUGUGAAAUAUGGUGGGAAUGUAAGUGCCAGGAUGACUGAACCUUUGACUCCCCAUGCUUCGUUCAAAAUGCUGCUCCUAGUUAAUAUUUAACAACAACAAAAACAACUUUGUUCCUGAUACCAGAUCCUCAACUCCACACACUGCCUGAACUGUAAGUACAGCACAUUAGUGGUGCUGUCCUUUCAAAAGUCAUUUACAAUUGGGUCUUUUCUUACACCUCCCAUAAUAAACUACUGCUUUGUUCACUUCUCUCCAUUGCUUCCCUGUUGCUGCUCCAGUUCACUACAAAACAGUGAAGUUGAAAUAAAAUAACAGUUCCCUCAUACAGUCCCCCUUCGUCUGUUGUAGUCAUUAUAUAGACUAUAUAUAGACUGAUUUACGUGGCUUCGGUCCUCCAUUUAUAAAUCAGGUUCAUUUCAGCCAUUUAUUUGCUGCUAUAUUUCUGUUCCCAGGUAGAGACAAGCUGUAUUUGAUCUGCAACAGGUUUCAGGCUGCCUUUUGUCACCUAAAACUUGUAGUGAAUGCACAUAAAUCUAAGUGUGUGGUUUUUUUGACAAGAUCACGCCUGCAGACACAUUCUGACCUGAACAUCUCUGACCGGUGUGGGAAGUCUCUUGACACUGUUUCAUCUGCUUCUGCAGUUUUACAAGCCUACAGUCACGGUCUGUCAUGGUGCUCUAUGCUUUGUUUACAAAUGCAGGGCCACUCACCCAUCAUUGCCUCCUUUAUCAGGGGGUUGGUUAAACCUCACUAAAAACUGCAGAUUCACUCAGUGGUACAAUUUUAUAUACUAGGAUGUGUUGUGAAAAAUUACAUCUUGCCUCUGUACUCACUUAGUUACAGUCUGCAUUCCAAUUCAGUGUUGCUUUUUAAAAUACCUCUUCCUGAUGUUCAUGUUUCUAACUGUUCCUGUCCUGAAUUCCA